CACGGCAGUCGGUUUGGUCAUCAACUUUCUUGAUCCACCUUAACAGCUGUAGUCUGAGGAACACAGGCCCCCCUCAGUCGACACAGUCAGAGAAGGGAGAGGACCGUGAAAACUAGGGCACGACAAAACUGACCCCUUUCCCUCAAACCAGAGGCACAGAUCCAACAAAGAGAGGGGACAUAGUGAGAGGGUGUAGGCCGGGGAAGAGAGAGACAUUUGUGGAAGGCUGUGUGGCUGUUAAGGAGCGAAGCCCGCGGAAAUCCACCAUCGACGUCCCCAGAAGUCCGACGUCCCCAGAAGUUUGAUGUCCCUUCAAGUCUGAUCCAAGCGAGGACCUCGGUGCUACGCAUUUCUUCUUCCUUGUACAUCUUCGUGUCAGUGUUUCCACGUACAAAACUGCACCAUGCACAAGCGCACGAAGGUGAAGAUGACGUUCUUUGUGAUCCUGGUGGGCAUGGCGUCCAUGUUUACGGCGGUGGUGACGGACCAUUGGGCCGUGCUGAGCCCGCGGGUGGAGCAGGUGAACGCGACGUGUGAGGCGGCCCACUUUGGCCUCUGGAGGCUGUGUAAGAAGGCCAUCUACAUCAGUGAGGCGGACUACAACGGAAAGGGUUGUGGCCCCAUCAGCUUACCUGGAGCGGAGAACUGCACCUACUUCAAACACUUCACUCCAGGGGAUGAGUCUGAGAUUUUUGAAGUCAAAACCCAGAAAGAGUACAAUAUCUCGGCAGCGGCCAUCGCCAUCUUCAGCCUGGCCUUUAUGAUCCUGGGCACCUUGUGUCUCCUGUGCUCCUUCAAGAAGGGAAAUGACUACGUCCUCAAACCUGCAGGAAUGUUCUUCGCUUUCGCAGGCCUGUGCGCCAUCAUCUCAGUGGAGGUGAUGCGUCAGUCGGUAAAGCGGAUGAUCGAGAGCGAGGACACCAUCUGGAUAGACUACUCCUACGCCUGGUCCUUCGCCUGUGCCUGCGCUGGCUUCUGCCUCCUCUUCCUCAGUGGCCUCGGCCUCCUCCUGCUCUCCAUGCCCCGCAUGCCCCAAAACCCCUGGGAGUCCUGCAUGGACGCUGAACACGAAGUGGAGUAACAGACAGAGAGGGAUGAGACGAGGAAGAGAGUGACACUUUGUUUUAAAAGCAAUAAGAUCACGAUCAAGAUAAACUUUGUGUUGUUAUAUAGUGGAACCAGAAGGUUAUUUCACACAGUGCUUGGGAGCAGUCGAGUCCUGCAUGCUUUCCCGAGUCAUAGUGGGAGGACCACACAACAUAGUGUCAUCGUGUGACUCCAAGUUUACGCCGAUAUGAUGGUUAUUCUAGAAAUAUUUGCUGAUAAAAGGCCUUUCCACUGCAAUGUCUCGCAUAAUUAAUUUUACAGACACAUAAAUGUCAACAGACACACAAAUGUCAAUGAGGAAAGUCUAUUGGCCUUGAGUGCAAACUGUUGGGGUACUGUACACCACUAGCAGCAGUUAUGGGUAGGGGGGCUAUGCACCUGUGGAGGCAACAGUUGAGACUUUCCACUGCAAUUUCUCGCAUAAUUAAUUUUACAGACACAUAAAACAUCCCACCAUAUCGAAUGAGCAAAUUGUCUGUUUUAUAAAAUUGCACCGGCAUUUCCUGUUUCCAUCAGCCCAGUCGUUAUUUUUUAAGUGUUUUUUCAAAUUCAUCAGCAUGAAAUGGUUGGAUGGACACCUGGUUAAUUAUACCUUUUGACAUGUUAUUUAAUGGUAUAAAUAGUAAUUGAUUGACAUUUGACCUAUGAAUCCACCUUUUCCCCAAUGUGUGUUUUUUUAUGAUAAUUCUGUACAUAAGUCAAUCAAUUUAUAACUGGGACGGUUCUGUUAUUUUCAGUGCAUCAAGCAACUUGCAAUGAAUUUAUGGCAAAUGUAUUCAGGCAGAUUUCAAGAUAAACCAGAACAUUGUUAGAAUCAGAUGCCAAAUGAUUACUUCAUAAUUAUUUAAUAUUACAACUCCUUUAAAAACAAAUAUUCACAGCAUACAUAACACUAAUUGUGAUGUAAAGGAGUGAUAUUAAAAUGAUCCUUUUUAAUUCUAGAAUUUAGGUCAUAUUAGAUUUAUAGUGAAAAAUAUAUAUUUUCAGUAUUCAAAAGGACUUACUUUUCUAAGAAUAAUACAUGGCUGUCAGAGCAAAUUGGAGAAGCAAAUAAUGCUGUCUGGUGGGUUUAGUGUGCAUACCAGGCAGAAUGCUAAACACCAACAGUCCACUGAAUGCUUGGGUUGUAAAGUAUUCAGUUCUAGCAGGUGCACACCAAACACUAAAAAAAAAACUUAUUUUUUAGAGCUGAACACAUUGCAGCCCAAUGUCUUUGACUAUUUGAUCCCAUUCAAUGUAGGUGAACCAAGUACUCUUUUUUUUAAUGAAGUUAUCAAUUUCUUCUAGUUCUGAUUUUAGUUAGCAUCUGAUGCAUUUAACUUAACUUGGAAGGUACUCAGUAGCCAACACUUUCAGGGGCAUUCAGUUCAAAUGGUCAGGGAAAAACUCAGAGCCUUAAUAUGUACCAUCUAGAUCCAGUAUAUGGCUUUAAUAUACACUGCUCAAAAAAAUAAAGGGAACACUUAAACAACACAAUGUAACUCCAAGUCAAUCACACUUCUGUGAAAUCAAACUGUCCACUUAGGAAGCAACACUGAUUGACAAUAAAUGUCACAUGCUGUUGUGCAAAUGGAAUAGACAAAAGGUGGAAAUUAUAGGCAAUUAGCAAGACACCCCCAAAAAAGGAGUGAUUCUGCAGGUGGUGACCACAGACCACUUCUCAGUUCCUAUGCUUCCUGGCUGAUGUUUUGGUCACUUUUGAAUGCUGGCGGUGCUCUCACUCUAGUGGUAGCAUGAGACGGAGUCUACAACCCACACAAGUGGCUCAGGUAGUGCAGUUCAUCCAGGAUGGCACAUCAAUGCGAGCUGUGGCAAAAAGGUUUGCUGUGUCUGUUAGCGUAGUGUCCAGAGCAUGGAGGCGCUACCAGGAGACAGGCCAGUACAUAAGGAGACGUGGAGGAGGGCAACAACCCAGCAGCAGGACCGCUACCUCCGCCUUUGUGCAAGGAGGUGCACUGCCAGAGCCCUGAAAAAUGACCUCCAGCAGGCCACAAAUGUGCAUGUGUCAGCAUAUGGUCUCACAAGGGGUCUGAGGAUCUCAUCUCGGUACCUAUUGGCAGUCAGGCUACCUCUGGCGAGCACAUGAAGGGCUGUGCGGCCCCACAAAGAAAUGCCACCCCACACCAUGACUGACCCAUCGCCAAACCGGUCAUGCUGGAGGAUGUUGCAGGCAGCAGAACGUUCUCCACGGCGUCUCCAGACUCUGUCACGUCUGUCACAUGUGCUCAGUGUAAACCUGCUUUCAUCUGUAAAGAGCACAGGGCGCCAGUGGCGAAUUUGCCAAUCUUGGUGUUCUCUGGCAAAUGCCAAACGUCCUGCACGGUAUUGGGCUGUAAGCACAACCCCCACUUGUGGACAUCGGGCCCUCAUACCACCCUCAUGGAGUCUGUUUCUGACCGUUUGAGCAGACACAUGCACAUUUGUGGCCUGCUGGAGGUCAUUUUGCAGGGCGCUGGCAGUGCACCUCCUUGCACAAAGGCGGAGGUAGCGGUCCUGUUGCUGGGUUGUUGCCCUCCUACGGCCUCCUCCACGUCUCCUGAUGUACUGGCCUGUCUCCUGGUAGCGCCUCCAUGCUCUUGACACUACGCUGACAGACACAGCAAACCUUUUUGCCACAGCUCGCAUUGAUGUGCCAUCCUGGAUGAACUGCACUACCUGAGCCACUUGUGUGGGUUGUAGACUCCAUCUCAUG